GAGGCACUGCAGUUUUGAUUGACUUUUUUGAGUUUCCAAUGUAAAUCGUCGACAUCAUCGACAUUCUUUUAUCACAGGUUUUUUUUUCUUUCUCCUCCAAAUAUUAGGUUGAUCUUAAAUUUUAGCAGAAUUUUUCUUCCAAAACAAAAAAACAAUGUCAUUAUUAUUAAAAGUAGCUGAAUAUGUAACACCAGUACUAAAAGAAUCUAGAUUUAAAGAAACUGGUGUACUGACACCCGAUGAAUUUGUUUUAGCUGGUGAUUAUUUAGUUCAUCAUUGUCCAACAUGGCAAUGGCAAACAGGUGAUAAAACUAAACUGAAAUCAUAUUUACCAUCGAAUAAACAAUUUCUUAUUACACGACAAGUACAUUGCUCGAAACGUUAUAAAGAUUUAGAAUCGAUAAAAUUUCAGGAACAAAUUAUUGAUGAAAAUGAUUCGGAAGGUGGUUGGGUUGAUGCACAUGUUAAUGAUUCGAAUAAUGUACAAAACAAUGAUGACGACGAUGAUGAUGAUAUUGUUUUGGGUGUUGAAGUUACCGAAGAUAAUGAAUUAAUUGAUCAGGUUCGUGAUUUGAAAAUGGUUGCGGAAAAUGAUGACGAAAAAGACGAUGGCGAUGAUGAUGAUAGUGAAGCCGAGGAUAUUGAAGCUUAUAUGAAUCGUAAAGAUGUUUCGGAUGAAAAUGAUAAAUGUGUUGCUGAUCUUUUGAAAAUACAACGCCAACAACAAGAAUUUGAAAAAUCAAAGAAUUCAAAUUCAAAAAAUAAUAAUAAUCGAAAUGUGAUUCAAACCCGUACAUAUGAUCUUUAUAUAACAUAUGAUAAAUAUUAUCAAACACCACGUUUAUGGUUAUCCGGUUUUGAUGAAUAUCUACAACCAUUAUCAAUUGAACAAAUGUAUGAAGAUAUUAGCCAAGAUCAUGCAAAAAAAACUGUUACAAUGGAAUGGCAUCCAAAUAUUCCGGGUAUGAUGGCUUCGGUUCAUCCUUGCAGACAUGCUGAAAUGAUGAAAAAAAUAAUGACAACAAUGGAAGAAAAUGAAAAACAAUUAGAUGUGGAUCGUUAUUUAAUUGUAUUUUUAAAAUUUGUACAAUCAGUUAUACCAACAAUACAAUAUGAUUAUACACAAAAUGUUUGUAUGUAAAUCUUGAAAAAAAGCCAACCGAAACAAGCAAAACCGAAAUUUAUGGAA